AUGAUGCAGUACAGCCAAUCGACAGCGGCCUAUGCUCCUGUCGUAGACUUGGAGUUUGCUGACGACAAAGCUGAUAAGAAUCCACAGUCUUCGGUCAACGACGCGCAUAGAUCAAGGGUUCUACGUUUGUCACUGGCGCUUUGCGUAGCGGUUUUGUGCACUGUCCUGGGCUUUGGUGGCGGCAUCCUCUUCAAACAAGAGAUCGAUUCCAACUCUUUGCCAUCCACGGCCUGUACAAAUCCCAUCAUACGUCGAGAGUGGCGAGAUUUGAGUGACGCAGAGAAGAAUGACUAUAUAGAAGCAGUCCAAUGUCUAAGAAGCUCGCCUUCGAAACUAGGUCUCAAUCAGACCCUGUAUGAUGAUUUCCCGUAUGUGCAUAGUCGGAAUGGCGAGGCUUCACACGAUACUGCGGCUUUUCUUCCCUGGCAUAGGUAUUUCAUUCAUGUGUACGAGAAGGCACUCAGGGAGCAAUGCGCCUAUGCAGGGCAUCUCACAUACUGGGAUUGGUCUCUCGACUGGGAAGAUGUCACCCACGCUCCUGUCUGGGACACCACCCUCGGAUUCGGCGGCGACGGCAACGAAAAGGACAUUGAGUCCAUUCACGGGCAUUGCGUAACGGACGGUCCAUUUGCCAGGCUCCAGGUGCUCUACGUCGAGAAAUUUCCGUAUCCACACUGCCUAUCUCGCGGCUUUGCCACAGGGGGAAAUCUUACUCGAUUCAGUGCGGCACUGGAGCCUACGGCUCUGAAUGAGCUACUGCGUACGUCGGAUUAUGCGACUUUCAAUCUUGGAGUGGAGGAUGGCCCACAUUUGUCAAUUCCACGGAGCAUCCAUGGCGAUUUCUCUACCGUCACGGCACCUGCUGAUCCAGUCUUCUUCCUCCAUCACACGCAGCUUGAUCGACUAUGGUGGAAAUGGCAGCAGGGUGAUACACAGGCCAGAUUGAAAGACUAUUCCGGCAAAGCUGCCUAUACGUCCAGCUCGGAGGCAAGCCUGAGGGAUCCACUGCCCUUGGGUUAUCUGGCGCCAGAUGUGCGUGUUGAAGACAUAAUGAAUACCGAGUCAGGACUUGUUUGCUAUAGGUACUGA